AGAAGCAAUUGGAGGCUUUGCUUAUCGUCAUUGCUCGAGAGGAAUCAAGCUCUUAGUGCAUUGAAUGCUUGGAGACCGCUGACUAUCCCUAUGUCACAGUGGUUUCGACUCACUCAAUCAUAUGCACUUCAACAUACAGCGCAUGCUGCUUUCGCCUAUUCUUUGGGAGUGCUUGCAGGAUAUGUUUCGAUCACACACUUGCACACAGGGUGAGGACCUGCACAGGCUGUACAGAGAGCUCACAGAGAGUGAUGCAACCUGGGAGCUGCUGAUGUGAUGAAAAAUAAAGCCAAAGAAAAGCCAGCCAGUUGAACUGAACAGGAGUGGGGACAUGGAGUAACAGCGUCUGACUAUACAGAGCCACAGAUAGAGCUCAAUGUGUUGCCAUAUUACCAUGGCGGAUUCUGUCUGACACAGUGUAAGGUACCCAGAGAUGUGCGAUUCCAGAUAGCGCUUGAUGUCUUCACAAAGGGCCCUAUAGCAGGUGCAUCGACAGUGCUGGAUUCACUGACUGUCACUGCAUGGAUGAAGACCGAUAGAUGGCAUUGGAUUCACUAAGCAAAGAGUGUCAGAUGAACACGGCCUAAAUAGCACUGGAUGCACCCUUACAGUUGGCAGUGGAUGAGCACGGACAGAUAGCAUUGGGAUCGGCUGAUACAGACGGAGAACGCUAGAGCUAGAUGAGCUACUGCAGAUAGCAGUGUAAAUCCACUGUUAGCGAGCUAGCGCAGGCAGGGAGUUGGAGUGGGAGGCAUAGCACCAUGAACCCCAGAGAGAGCGGAGGAGGAGUGGAGGACAUGGAGACCCAGGCGGGAGGGUUGGCGUUGGGGGAAGAGGGUGGCAAGGCCAGCCAUGGAGGAGAUGGAGAAGAGGGGGAAGAAGACAAGGCCCAAGCCUACGACUGCAACGUGUGUGGCCGCAGCUUCCCCUUCCAGAGCUCUCUAUCGCAGCACAUGCGUCGCCACACAGGCGCACGCCCCUACAAGUGUCCCUACUGCGACCACCGCGCCUCCCAGAAGGGAAACCUCAAGGUCCACAUCCGCAGCCACAAACUGCGCACACUCACUAGCCACCACCCCGAGGAGGAGGAGGGGCCAGAGGAGGAAGAGGAGGGUGAAGUGGGUGUGUCCGAGGGCCUGGACGGUGGAACCAGUCCGACGAAGAGCAGCUCGGCCUGUAACAGGGUCGUCAACGGAGACGCUAACACAGAAGAGGGAAUAGGGAAGACGGCGGUGAGGAGCGUCAAAAGGGAGAAGUGCAGCUCUGAGCAGCGGCCAUAUUGCUGCCGUCUGUGCGGGUACCAGACCCAGCGCGAGGACCAACUCCUCAGUCACAUCGAGAAGGUCCACAUCACAGCCGACAUGGAGGACGAGACUAACCCAGUGAGUCAGGAGGCAGUGGCAACGGAGGGAGAAGCAGGGACUCAGGUCACUGAUGGUGCCUUCCCCUGUGAGACGUGUGGCCAGGUGUUCACACAGGCCUGGUUCCUUAAGUCCCACAUGAAGAAACACGCAGGCCUCCUUGAGCACUGUUGUCGGGUGUGUGGCCGUCGCUUCAGGGAAGCCUGGUUCCUCAAGAGCCACAUGAAGACCCACAAUGGUUCCAAGGCCUCCGGCCGGGGGAAGCCCAAGGCAGACUCUCAAGAGGCCGCGGCCACCAUCAACGACGUGACCCAAGACCCAGAGACCAAUGUGACCUCCACAAGCCUUUACCAGGUUUGCUCCAAGUGUGGCAACCUGUUCCAUGACCGAGAGAGCCUGAGGGCCCACGAGAAGGUCCACAACCAGGCUAAGCAGCCGACACAGGGCCAGAGACCUAGUGACGACGGGGACUCUCCCAGUGCCAAAAGGCGCCUCUUGGAUUACCUCAGCCUCCGCCCAGCUGCCGAAGAAAAGCCCCAGGAAGAGAAGAGGCGCUUGGGCCAGAGAAUCCCCGAGCUGGACCCAGUUUGUAGCUACCAGGCCUGGCAGCUGGCUACUCGGGGCAGGGUUCUGGAGCCUGUGGAGUCACACAGUAUAAAGGCUACGGUAGGUGGAGAAGGGGACGAGGCCCUGGCUGGAGGGACCGUGGUGUACGAGAAGGAGAGCAGCCGCUACAUCCUGGAGGGUCAGCAGAGGGAGAGACGCUCAGGGAGACGCAGCAGCGCCAGCGGGGGAGGGGGUAGUAGCCACCACACCUCCCCGGGGGAGCGCACCCCCGAGAGCCUGAGUGACUCGGAGUACCGUCCUUCCUCCCGCCAGGGCCGACGUCCCUCGUCCUUCCAGCAGAGCCAGGCCAAGUCCACAGAGUGCUUCGAGUGCGGAAAGGUGUUCCGCAGCCGCCACCAGAUGAUUGUGCACCAGCGGGUCCACCAGAGGCGAGACGGGGGCAGGGGUUCCGGGUCCGGAGGGGACAACAGGGCAGGGCAAGGAGUGGACCGCUGGGGAUCCACCAGUGACCCUGAAUCAGGCUCCCCCAGCAGGCCCAGCACCCCAGGGUACGGGAACUCACCACCAGCCUCCACCCUAGGAGAGGACGCCCCUGAGAUGAGCACCGCCAAUGCAGUCCAACUGGCAGAUGAGAAGCCUUACGUCUGCAGCCUGUGUGACUUUGUCAGCACAGAGUCCUCUGCCUUCCUGUCCCAUCUACGUCUCCAGCACACCUGUGACGGCCGCCCCGUUCCAAUUCCCAACCCCAGCUCCAGCUCUGAGAGAGGCACCCCCAGUAGCUUCCCCAAGCUGAAGAGGGCCCUCCUCGAUGGGCUUGCUCAAUCCUCUGCCCCCCACCCUUACCUCUCUGCCCGGCCGUCAAGAGACAAAUGCACCGCCGAGAGCAGUUCACCCACUGACCCUCACCAUGUGGCUCCUCUGGACCUGUGUGUGAGAGCCGAGGGUCACAGGGGCCCGGCCUCCUCAGCCCUUCAGCAGAAGGGCCUGCCCAGUCAUAAGUGCUCCUACUGCUCCCACUCCACCCACUACCUGGAGGUGCUGUGGAUGCACCAGACUGUCGCCCAUCGUAUCAACAGCAGCGCCCUGGCCCCCAAAUGGGCCCUCCUGAAGAAUGGCUUCAAGGGCCCCCGAGAGGGUUUGUCCUCCAGGAGACGCACGGGCCCUCCUCCUGCUCUGGAUGGGAGGGAGUGUCCCCCGUUGCCCCCUGUGGUGCGCACCCCCCGCACACGCCCCCCAUCGUUGAAUGGGGGCCAGAAGAAAGACGGCAGGGACAGGGCAGCCAGUCAACCCAGCACCUCUUCCUCCUCCACACAAGGAUCCUCCUCCUCUGCCUCAGGCUCCCAGAGUGUGCGGCCUCCCAGGGCAGGCAGCAGACAGAGAAGCGAGGCUGUGCCGGAUCAGGGCCACCGCUCUCGCUCCAACUCCAGGCCCAGGGUGGAGAUCUACCCACGGGGAGGCUCCUCGACCGGCUCCCUGGAGAAGAGCACUGCGGCCGGGGCUCCCCAGCGACCCUCAGCCCCUAGCUCCAGUGUUGGAGGAACCACCAGGUUGGUGGAUAGGUACAUGUUGCCUCAGGAAGGCCUUGGAUUCAUGCUGUCCAGCAAACAUGGCCUGGCAGAGUACAGCAGAGCCAGGAGCUCACCUCAGCCCCAGCCCAAGUCCAGCAGCUCCCAGUCCCACACCCAGUCUCACCCCCAGUCCCAGGGCAGACCCAGGGCAGAGCACUCAGCCCACAAAACCACCACGGCAGGCCAGGGCUACGGAGCCUCCCACUCCCAGACACUAGGGAGCGCCGUCCAGGUAUCCUCCGCCUCUUCCUCCUACUCCUCCUCAGCCCAGCAUGCGGAGGUGAAACAGGAGGAGGCACGGAGGGGGGAGACACCAGAGCUGCCCAUGGACAUCUUGAGCUUCCUGAAGAACUGCAACUCCAAUGACCUGGCGACACUCUACCACCGCUGGGGCGCCGCCAACCCCCUACUGGACCCCACAGGGAUGCUGAGGUCUCUGGUUCGACAAGGGGAAUAUGGCUGCCAAGAGUGUGGGAAGAGCUUCAGUCAGCCCAGUCACCUCCGCACACACAUGAGAUCCCACACAGUCGUGUUUGAUUAUAACGGACUCCGAGGUGCUGACGCUCAAACCAACCCCUCGGAAGCUCCCAAACAAGGGAGAGACCGUUCCGGUGCCGCCUCUGCCCGUACCGAGCCUCUCAGAAAGGGAACCUAAAGACCCAUGUCCAGAGUGUCCACCACGUGCAUUUCGACAACGCCCAGUGCCCUGAUUACAGACCACCGGAACUGGGCCCCGAGCAGGAGGAGGAGCAGGUUCGGGGUGGCGGUUCUCACCACCUAAUAACAGACCCACCAACGUGACAUCCCCAGGGCCUAAGAUAGAGAUAGAGACUCCAUCCAUAUUCCCAGCCCCUCCCCAAAGACAGCAGAGAGACCUGAGAGAUGUGUCAGAGACACCACCUGACAGCGUGACAUCCGAAUGAACUCACCCCUAUUGCCCUUUUAGGUGAAAUAUUACCAGGACUAUUUGAAAUGUGUUUAAAAAUAAGAAAUAAAAGGAUUUCUUGGAAAGAGAAGAAAAAUCGGACACAACCAAAUGCUGUUUUGUUUCCUCUGUGGACCCAUGGGCAAGGAUGGCAUGGUGGCAUAGUGACGUUCCUAUAGCUUUCCAUUUCCCUAUUCUUCCCCAUUUGAUUUAGAUUGUGAUGAAAUGGUUUUGUGCAUUCCUCAGGACACUGAUCCCUUAAUAACACACGGCAGAAUGGAGCAGCCAAGUUGGUGAUGAUUACACUGACUGAACUGAACUCACUUAGCUAACCCUCCGAUUGCAGCUAACUUGACAAGCUCAAGACGGUGUGUGUGUGUGUGUGUGUGUGUGUGUGUGUGUGUGUGUGUGUGUGUGUGUGUGUGUGUGUGUGUGUGUGUGUGUGUGUGUGUGUGUGUGUGUGUGCGUGUGUGUGUGUGUGUGUGUGCGUGUGCGUGUGUGCGUGUGCGCGUGUGUGUGUGUUCUAUCCCCUCGAGCACCACUAUGAUGAGUCCAGUAUGAGUGGCUGUAUUGAAGUGACCACUACACGAUCUGACUCCGAGGCUGUUUGGCCGGUCAUUAAAGAGAGAGAACACGAGAGAGAGAGAGUGAGAGAGGGAAGGAGAGAGGGCUAAUGACAGUGUGAGAGGAGGUGCCUGCUUUGCUGCUCAUGAAAAAGAGUCUGUGCUUUAAAUGGGGGGUAUAAACGAGCGUGCGGUUUUAACAGUCGUUCAAUUAUUGGGAGGAGAAGAAGAGGCCGUUUUCUGAUCCCUCUGAUCCGAGCGCAGUCCUCCUCCCACACCCACACCUCCAACCUCAAAUUAGACCCACUUACUGAAACCUCUUAGCAGGAAUAAUGUGGUCGGACUGUUUGGUUCAAGUUGCCCUUACUCUCUCUUCUACUUAAGAGUACACUCCUAAAAGCUAGUCCUCACAACAGUAGCUUUUUAUUUUGGGGGGGGGGGGGGGUCAGGCGUCUAGAGCUUUCAGGGAGCAUUGCUGGAGACAGUGUUUUGUGUCUGAUGGCUGCGGAGCCGUCGCAGGGUUGGUGUGUGUGUGCGGCUUGUGUGUGUGCUGCUUGUGUGUGUGCGUGUGUGUGUUUUGCCCCUCCUUGAUUACCUCUGCGUAUUAGACUCCCUUUAGACGCUUUGCAUACUACCUCCUUUGCAAUAAAAGCUUGUUUUGGUUUUUGUACAGCCAGGUAUGAAGUGAGGACCAAAGCCAUGCUUGUAUACUGUAUAUACGAUAUAAGGAGAGGCUUCACUGUAACCACAUGUGUGAUGUUUUUCUCAAAGUUGCAUUCACCCUCAUAAAACGCCUCCUGGAUUCAUAGCCAUGCCUAUGACUAUUGGAUUACCUGUUUGUUAGGGCAGACACCAAAAAAACACUUUUUGCAACGGAAAACAAAAAUGAGCAUUUCUGAUUGGACAAAUCAGGAAGGGCCCUUCCCGUUUCAGUCCACCUUCUUCCGUUGGGUGCCUAAUGAACGCCACCCAGGUGAGGUGAAGCUCUAAUAAGUUAGUAAUUCUUGUUUUGGUGGGAUGGGAUGUCAACAUGUUUGUUCAGACAAGCAGACUAUUGGUCAGACAGUCUUUUUGAGCAAGCGGUGUGUACACGCAAGGCCACGCACACUGUACAAGACACUGCAAAUGGCAAAGUGUGAGACAGAUAGAAGUGAAUAAUUAUCAGCUGUUUAGAAUUAAAACAACAACAGAAAAUUGGGUGAGGAUUCAAAGAUAUGGAAUUAUUGUCAUGGGAUAUAAUACGGUCUACUUUGAGACCUCGGUAGUAGUUUUUUACAUGAACACAAGAUGAAACCAUUUCUGUGUCAGUUACUUUAUAUGGUUGGUUGAACAUGCAUACAACAGUGUGCUUGCGUAUACCUACACAUACUGUACGUGUAUAUUAAAGAUGAGAAUAGUCAAAUACUUGGAACGGAUAAUACAGCCUAUCAAGUAGUGUCCUUCAUAAUUAGUGCCCUUAAAUACUGUUGUACAGAAUGACCCUUUAAGAUGAACUCCUAAAAAACACAUUUGUACUCCUAAGUGUGACUUAGCAGAUAUGAGCAGACCACGCGGGAGUGAGAGAGUGAGCAUUUGUGCGUGUGUGUGUAUGUAAAGUGUGUGUGUCUGUAUUAUAAUCUUACCGAACCCGUUACAGCGUUAGAUACCAAAUGGCAUUUCCGGUGCACUUAGUCUAGGUUAGUGCUUCAACCCGUUAUGACUGUCUUCUGUCUUGUUCUAUUAUUAUAGACAUCCAUGAUUCAUUUCAUGUCAUUUGCUAUGUGUGUUUUUUUGGGUUUUGGCGUUUGUUUAUUUGAUUACACUGCUCAGUUCAGUUUUCGAAUGGAGAACGAUAGGCGCAUAAAUAUGUUUCAUAAAGAGCGUGUUUUUAUUAGUCUCUCUCUCUUUGCUAAACUAUAAAGUAGAACCUCUUCAGUAGAUAGCCAUGGUUACCCUCCCAAAUAACGUGGUGGAAGUCAUUAUUUCUAUUUGGUUGGGGUUUUAACAAUGUCUCCAAGUUGUGUGUGUGUGUUUGCUUUUUAUUUGUAAUUAACUACAUUGUAAUUGUUCCGUAUGAUGACAUUAUUUGGAAUGUAUUUGGUCGACAUCUGUAUUUAUUAGUUACAAUGAUCAGAGCAGAAGCAGACAAGGACUCGUUUUAUUUGAUUAUUUUCAAAUGUGUUUUUAUACUUUGUUUUCACUGUCCCCGAUGUGAAAGCUCUACCUCGUCUGAGACCUUCUCGGUUCUGUUAAAGUUGUGUACAUCGUUGCAGAAAAUGUAAAGUCAUCAUGUCCACAUUAAAUACACAAAUAUGGCACCAUUCAA